AUGGUAGUGAAAGAGAAUGGCCAAGUGGCAGAUGUCACGCCCAAAUCAAAUGGUCAAAAGGAUCCUGAAAAGCCACGGAAGAAGGGCUUCGUGCGAUGGACAGUCGGACUUGUCGUGAGGCUAUGUAUCUGGUACACGCUCGUGACAACGCUCCUCAGAUGCCCAUCCCGCCUCGCGGACCUCACAGAAACAUCGCCUCGAGUGUGCAAGCCUUACCUGAUUGCUCGUUCACACGUGGAACCUUAUGUGACGCCUUAUUAUGAUAUUUAUGCAGCGCCUUAUGUUGAUCAAGCCCGACCGUAUGUUGAUCAAGCCCGGCCAUACGUGGAAGUGUUUAAUCAGCAAGUCUAUACCCCGGCAUCAAAAGUUGCCAAAUCAGGAUAUGGAAAGUAUGGAGCCCCAGCGUUGAAGCAAGCUCAGGUUUAUGGGAUUGAGCAAUGGCAACAUCAAGUCGCACCAAGACUACAAAACUCUAAAGAUAAGGUGCACCGGCUUUACUUGGCCGAGAUUGACCCAUAUGUCCAGCAAAGCGUUGCUGUUGUCUCUCCAUACUAUCAAUUGGUCAACACCGCUGUGCUCAAUGUCUAUCAGGGCCAUCUGGUACCUUUCUACGCGCGUUCCAAACCUUUCAUCGGGAAAGCCUACUCCACGGGUCAGGAUGUUUUGACAACCCGUGUCUUGCCCGGGGCGCAGUAUACCUGGUCGUCCGCGGUCUACUUUGCUAACAGCUCACUAUGGCCUCACAUCACUGGUCUUUAUUCUGAGCAAGUGGAGCCCCAGCUGGUCAAGAUUGGCCAGCGGUUGGCAAGCUACAGGGAGGGCAAGCGACUUCGCGCUGUCGUAGAGGAUGUGGAUAGUAGCUCUACAGUGCAGCCCGUUACCUCCUCGACCACCAAGUCACAGGAACAAAUUCACACCACAACCACUGUGACUUCAACCUCUACGCCCCAGGCUUCUCCACAGCCCACUCUAACUCCUACCGAGCAAGCCCAGCAAGCCCGCGAGAAGAUAGAUUCGGACCUUGAGCGGUGGCAGGAAAAGUUUGCUCUCGCAGCUGAUAAAGGUAUUGAAGACCUUGAGGAACGUAUUGGGGAGAUCGUGUCCGCCCUAGUUGCAAGCAGCGCGAACAGUCACGGCCAGAGCCUUUAUACCGCACUUCAAUCAGUUUCAGCCGAGCAGCUUUCCUCCAUCAAGCAACGUAUCAAUGAACUCGCGGGUUCAAUGCCAGAGGAGGACGCCCCGGAGGUUGAGGAGGCAACUAGCGAUUUGCUGAUUGGGGAAAUCCGAACUUCCGCUAUCUCUGUGAGAGAUCGCGCCCAUGCACUCCGAGAGUGGUCUAUCUCGUUCGAGGAUGAACUUAUUCGCCGAGUCACUGCUGCUGUCAAUUCGACACUGGAUGUUCUCGACAGCAUUCGCGAUCUAGGCUUACAAGAAAUUGGCAUGCGCUGGGCGUGGAUGGAUGGCGUCACAUACAAGGACUGGGCAAAGUACCAUGCCCUCAAAGCCCAACUCGAAGAAUGGCGCAACGAUAUCAGAAAUGUCGGCAUGAACCACAAAUCCGUAUCUGAUGCCAGAGCCGUGGCGAGUGACAUCUUGGACCAGGGCAUGCAUGAAGCCGAGCAAGCUGCCAGGGAACUUGUCCGGUUGAAGGAUGUUGGGAUCUGGAAGAUCGCUGCUCGCGAAGUAAGCGAUAAUUUCGAAACUCGCACUGAAGCCCCACCGGCGAGGCCCAAGCCCCAGGAGGAGACCGAAGAAUCUGACGAAGAAGAGGCUAAGGUGGAUUCCAAUAACGAUGAGUCGUCCGAAGAGGUGGCUGCGCCAUUGUCGGACGACGCUUAUCAGGAAGCACUCUCCACCAAUGAACCUUCCGCAGCUGUCGAUGUUGAAGCAGAUUUCGAUGGCGCUAACGAGUCUGUUAUGGACGAUGAUAUUGUGGAGGAAGAGCAGCCCCCCGCAAGGCCCGCCUUUGGGGUUUCAGCUGCCGAUGCAAAUUCGCAUCAAGCCCCUAUCCUAGAUGGUGAGGGCCAAGAUGUCAUGGACAGUGUGGCGAGCAAGGCGGGCGAUACUUACGCCGCGGCGAGCAAUGCUGUUAGCGAAGCUAUCUAUGGUGCAUCGAGCACGCCCGGAGUCAGUGAGGGGGCAGCAUCAUUGGCCAGUGAACAGUACUCUCUUGCCUGGUCCGCCGCCUCUACCGUUAUCCAUGGCACUCCUCUGAGUCCCGGAGAGAAGGCUUACAGUGACGCCUCUGAAAAAUAUAGCGACGCCGUAGCCGCUGCUUCGUCCGUCAUCUACGGCACUCCAACACCGGUUGUCGAAUCUUUGGUGGGUGGAGUUAGCUCAGCAUUUGCCGAUUCCACAGAGCAGGCUAAGGUACUAUACGAGAUCGCAAAGUCUCAAGUACUUGGCCAAAUGGCUGAAUCUAGUGCUCCUGCUCAUGCCCAGCUCCUAUCCUCCAUAGAGUCGGCCUAUUCUGGGACUUUGAAAUAUGCCACAGAUGAGCUGGAAUCGAAGCUCCGCGCUGUUGGUGCUACCCCGACGCCAUCUAACGCCGGACCUCUUGCCCAGAUUUCGUCCAUAGCGUCUUCCCGGCUAAACCAGGGACUCAGCUUAGCAUCCGAACAAUUAGCUGAAGUACAGCCACCGGCAACAACAGGCAGUCUUCCUCAUGGAGAUCUCAAUCCGUUCGUCCUUGAUGCGCAGCGUCGCUACUACGAGGCAGUUGGGUUGGCCCACGACCACUAUUCUGCUUUUGUCUCUACGGCAUCUGGGGCGGUCUAUGGUUCUCCAGCUCCCACGCCAACCGGAGGCUCCAAGGGAAUCGUCGAGGAAGCUCGGUCUCAAUACGAACAAGCUUCGUCGUUAGCUUCUGCCAGUCUUGCUGCUGUCGUCGCAUCGGCGAGCUCGGUCAUGUCUUUCGCGGAUGGCGGCAAAUCACAAAGUAUUAUUGAUGAUGCUUCAUCCCGAUACAACGCUGCCCUCUCCGCGGCUUCCUCGUCUCUCUCCGCAGCUUCCAUUUCGGCCAGCUCGGCCAUCUAUGGGACUUCCACGGGCCCUGUAGAGUCCAUUUCUAGUCAAGCAUCUGAAAACUGGGAAAGUCUCAUCUCUAAAGCCAGCGAGCAGAUAUACGGUGCUCCAACGCCGUAUCUGCAACAAGUUGUGAACAACGGGCGUCCGCAGUAUGAGGCAGUCCAAGAGAUUGUCUCUGAAUUGAUUGUGGGCAAGCAGCCUUCAUUUACUGAGAGUGUGCUAAGCAAGCUGCGAGCCGCAUACGAGACGCCGUACCCGGCUGCCGCCGCCGCCUCUGCCUCUAGCUACAUCAAUGAAGCCUAUGUGUCUGCCUCCUCCGCCGCUGCUUCUGUCGUUUCAGAAGCCCCGAGUGUGGAGGACAUCAUACAACGCGCGAAUGACCAACUCCAUGCUGCUGUUGAAACCGCCAGCGUUGGAAUCUACGGAACUCCCAAGGGUUCCUACGAAAAAGCCACUGAUGCCGCAGCCGAUGUCUACUCAACGGCUUCCGCUCAGGUCAGUAACGCGGUUUACGGCAAGGAAUCCAGUUACAUCGAUGUGGCGAAGGAUGCUAUUGAGAAUAUUCAAUCCACAGCCAGCGCUGCUAUCUACGGCGAGGAACCCAAUGCAAUGGAGAGUGCAGCUGUCCGUCUCGCUGAAGCUAAAGAAAACGCCAUGUCUCAGCUGGCUGAUCUAGCCUCCCGCCUCCCAGAUAGCAACGUCGUGUCUGAGGCAGUCGAGACCGCCGCAUCCCACGUUAAAGAUACGACAAGCAGCAUUAAGAGUGCGGCAGCUUCAGUCAAAGAUGAACUUUGA